AUAAUUUCUCUUCUAUUCGUAUUGACAACAAAUAGCAAGGAUUUAAUCAGCUUCAAAUGAAGACUUCAGCGGUGGCUGUUGUAUUUUUCGCCUUUUUGAUUUAUGAAUUUCAGGCGCUUGAUUGUGGAAAUGGUGAACAAUGUGAUGUUGGUGACACCUUCUUACAUUCAACUUAUUGUUGUAAAGAUUCCUCUGGUAUUCAAGCAUGCUGUAAAGAAUUCCGCUGGUGGCCACUAACAGUGACAUUGUGCGCUAUCACAAUAGCAGUAAUCCUUCUCUUUAUCUGUUUAUGCUGUUAUGGAUGUUGUGGGUGUUUAGCAGAUUGUCUCUGUUGUUGUUGUAAAAAAUAAGGAUCAAGUACAACUAAAGUUAAUUCCAAUUUAUUGAUUUAUUGAAUAUUAUUCACUAUUUCUCAGCAUAUAUUGACACACAUAUAUUUACUGUCAUUCAAUUGAAACUGAAUUUUUCCCCCAAUGAUUUUGUACAUUCAUGUACCUGCUCUACUCACUUGAAGUUCAUUCCACUUGAUUUCUUGCUCAAAUAAUCCUCCUCUUUAUGUUAUUGGUCGUCAAAUCAACAAGAUUUAGGCGUUAAUUUUCACAAAUUUAUAACAAAAGCUGAAAUAUUUUCAUACUUUUUAUACUUAGUUAAAGGUACUACUAAUAAAUAAUGCCGAAAUCACGGUUGAUUUCAAGUUAAGCAUCUCAUCCUGUUAUAUCCAAAUAAUGACAUACUUUCAACCGAAACAUUUCCAGUUGCUAUUCUAACUACUUGUAAGUAGUUAACGUUUCUCUCAACAAUAUUUCGUAAGCUUUAUAAAUGUGUAAUGUGUUCAGUGGGUGACAGGAAAAUUCAAUUAUAAUUUACUGAGUUCCAAUAUAAAAUGAACAGGGAUACAUUCUUUUUUUUUCAUACGAUGAAAAUAAAAGUAUCAGAGAUGAAAAGAACACCUUGUUCGACAGUAAGCAGAGUUUUAUCUCAAGUUAUGUCAUCAUUAAAUAUUCUUAAAAGCCAUUUAAGUGAACAAAGAACAUACUUUUCCAUAACUUCUGCUUCUUCUUCAUGUUCUACAACUAUGUGUAAAUAAUGAGGAAUAAUAACGCAGCAAAAUAGAGAUUCC